GGCUUGUGCUGAGACAUGGGCUCUUGGACUUGGCUGCAGGUUCAAUCCCUCCCUCCUCCCGCCUCACAUAUAAGAAACGAGAUGCCAGCUGCACAGGGACCAUGCAUUUGAUCCAUUGGAGCUGUCUUGGAUGUGGCACUUGUAUGUGCCCAGCUGCAGGGGAACUGAACCCAGGCAUUGGCCUUACCCAGCAUCUAGAGAGAGCAUCCCCCACCUGAGACUGAACUUGUGAACCUCACGGUAGAGACGUGACCUCAUCGUCCAGCGAUGGCGCACCAGAUCAUCCUGCUUAGCCUGUUAAUAGCAACUGUCUUGUUGGUGAUAGAGGGAAGCCUUCCCUUCCUGUCCAAACAGCGAUUGAAGGGGCGAUUCCAGAGAGACCGAAGGAAUAUCCGUCCAAACAUCAUCCUCGUACUGACCGAUGACCAGGAUGUGGAACUGGGUUCCAUGUCUGUGAUGAACAAGACGAAGCGCAUCAUGGAGCAGGGAGGGACGCACUUUAUAAACGCUUUUGUUACUACGCCCAUGUGCUGCCCAUCCCGCUCCUCCAUCCUGACAGGAAAGUAUGUCCACAACCACAACACCUACACCAACAACGAGAACUGUUCAUCACCAUCAUGGCAGGCACAGCAUGAGCCGCACACAUUUGCCGUGUACCUGAACAACACCGGCUACAGAACAGCUUUCUUUGGCAAGUACCUUAAUGAAUAUAACGGCUCAUACGUCCCCCCGGGCUGGAAGGAGUGGGUCGGAUUGGUGAAGAAUUCUCGCUUCUACAACUAUACCCUCUGCCGAAAUGGAGCGAAAGAGAAACAUGGAUAUGAUUACUACAAGGAUUAUCUAACAGACCUCAUCACAAACAACAGCAUCAACUUCUUCCGCACCUCCAAGAAAAUGUACCCCCACCGACCAGUGCUGAUGGUGCUGAGCCACGCGGCCCCCCACGGACCUGAAGACUCUGCACCCCAGUAUUCCAACAUGUUCUCCAAUGCUUCCCAGCACAUAACGCCGAGCUACAACUACGCCCCAAAUCCAGACAAGCACUGGAUCAUGAGGUACACAGGCCCCAUGAUGCCCAUCCACAUGGAGUUCACCAACAUGCUGCAGCGCCGGCGACUACAGACCCUGAUGUCCGUGGAAGACUCUAUGGAGAAGAUCUAUGACCUGCUGGUGGAGCUGGGUGAGCUGGACAACACGUACAUCAUUUACACGGCUGACCAUGGCUACCACAUUGGCCAGUUUGGCCUUGUGAAGGGAAAGUCCAUGCCGUACGAGUUUGACAUCCGGGUGCCAUUUUAUAUCCGUGGACCAAAUGUGGAUGCAGGUUCCCUGAACCCACACAUUGUGCUUAAUAUUGAUCUCGCCCCAACCAUCAUGGACAUUGCUGGACUGGACAUUCCUGCAGACAUGGAUGGGAAGUCAAUACUGAAGCUACUAGACACGGAGAAACCUGUGAAUAGGUUCCAAGUUCAGAAAAAAGUUAAAGUCUGGAGAGAUUCGUUUCUUGUGGAGCGCGGGAAAUUGCUUCAUAAGAGAGAACCCGAUAAGAUGGAUGCUCAGGAGGAGAACUUUCUGCCAAAGUAUGAGCGCGUCAAAGACUUGUGUCAGCGAGCGGAGUAUCAGACAGCCUGCGAGCAGCUGGGGCAGAAAUGGCAGUGCGUGGAGGAUCCCACCGGAAAGCUUCGGCUGCAUAAGUGUAAGCGGCUGGCUGGUCUGUCUGCAGCCCCUGACAGCAAGAAGAUCUCCCCGAAUCUUAUGAGCAGUUAUUACAAUGCGGACAGUGAUGAAUGCGACUGUGAUGCCAUCAGCUACAAGAUCUCUCCACUUGGCCGCCGCAAGAAGCUGAUGUCCAAGAAAAAAUACAAGACCAGUUAUCUGAGGAACCGUUCCGUCCGCUCUGUGUCUGGUGAUGUCCUUAGUAUGUACAUAGAGCAGGAAUACGAGCCGGUUCUAAGAAAUAAUUUAACCAAGUGGCAGCUGCCUGAGCUGGACAAUGAGGAUGAGGAGGAUAAGGACACUGACAACUUCAGUGGGACUGGAGAGAUCACAAAUGAACUGUUUGUGCCCAGUGCGGUUAAAGUGACUCAUAGGUGCCACAUUCUUCCUAAUGACACCGUGCAGUGCGACCUGGACCUCUACAAGUCUCUGCAGGCUUGGAAGGAUCACAAGCUGCACGUUGAUCAUGAGAUUGAAACAUUACAGAAUAAGAUCAAGAACCUGAGAGAGGUCAGAGGUCAUCUGAAAAAAAGGCGACCAGAGGACUGUGACUGCAGCAAGAUAAGUUAUCACUUCAAACAUAAGAAGGGGAAGCUAAAGAGCGGGGGAACCCUCAUGCAUCCCUACAAGAAAUCGCUGAACGAACAUGACAAGAUAUGGCUCCUGCGGGAACAGAGACGCAAGAAGAAGCUGCGCAAACUGCUGAAGAGGCUGAGGAACAAUGACACAUGCAGCAUGCCAGGCCUCACCUGCUUCACCCAUGACAACCAGCACUGGCAGACUGCCCCCUUCUGGACAUGUAAGGUUUCAUUACCAGGUGUAGGCAGUAAGGUAUGAGCCAUCAGUAUGGAG